GUGCCUGCAUUCUUGUGGUUCUAAGUGAUUGUGGUGAAGCUACAAGACCGGGUUUUGGAAAGCCCAUUAGGUGAUACCAGAGGUCAGCAGAUUUAAACUUGAUGGGUUGGUUGCUAUAUGUCAGUAGGCUUUCAAUCAUAAACUCUGUUAAUUUGUUGGUUACAAGUUGAUGUACAUUAGAAUAUCAUAGCCAAGUUAUUGACGUGAAGUGGUGUGGAGUUAUAUAUUUCUAAUGUAUAGAUAGUAGUGCGGUUAGAGUUAUUGUUGCAUAGACUUGUAUUGAUAUCGUGGUUACUAGUUUGGAGAACCUUAGUUAGGUUGGAUCAUUGGCUGUUCAUCUGAGAUUGUCAAUCCCUUUUAGGAUGCAGGAUUGACAUAGAGUUUUAUGACGUUUAUUUUCUUGUUCCGACGAUUGCAUGAGAAAUCAUCUAUUUAUAGGUGUUUGUUAGUUUGUUAGUGAACUAAUCUAGAUUGAAGAAAACCUCUUAUAGGAGUUGAAGCAUUUAUGUCCUUCCCUGUUUGACCUUCAAUCUACAGAACUUCUAGAUUGGGUUGAUUUUGAGAUUAGUACCCUUCAUAUAUACAUACACCAUAAAGACACAUUUGAUAGGAUUCUGCAUAACAACCUUGAUCAUGAAUUUGGAAUUCCUUCUGUCCUUGACUUGCUCUUCUAGGAGAAUAUGGGUAUAGAAAUUGUAUAAUGUUGCAUUUGUUGGUUUCAGAUGGUAUAUGAUUAUAUGAGCUUGUUGUUCUCUUAAAAAGGAUAACCUAUAUGACUAAUUAUGAUAUCUCUUUGGGAGGUCCUUUCAUUUCCAUUAUGUGAGAUCGUGGACUAGUGGUCUGACCCUCACUGAUCAUGGAGGUCAUUCGUCAUAGUUUCUACCUGCUCCUUUGUCCAUCAAACCUAGCUUUUGUUAGAAGUUGUCUAGGGAAUCCAGGGGAUGCUGGCAUUGGUUGGGUCUUCUGUCUCGUUCUUGGCUGUAUAGUUAUGUUGUUUUCCAGGCCUGUUGGAAGAAAUGAUUUGAGCAAUCAUAAAAGGUUUCUAUGUGUUUCAAAGUCUAUGCUUUUAUUGGAGGGCAAUCUGGAUUUUUUUGUUAAGUUGAUAUCUAGAAAUGGAGCUUAUAACACUUGUUUUUUAGGGUAAGAUAUUUGUGUCUCUGAGAAACAUCUGACCUAUUUGAAAAUCAAGAUAUAGUAAUUUCUUAGAGGAUUCUUUGGCUGAGGAAUGAGGAAGGGUUUGGGAGUGUAUCCGUACAUGCUGGAUUUACCCAAUAGCUUCUUGUGGAUAUUGAAGGCUGGUGAGUUUUGUUGUACUACUAUUAUCCUGUGGUGACUGUAUAUUGAUGUUUCAAGUUUGUAUUGUUAUAUUAUUAUUUCGUUUGCCCAGUAAGCUUUUAUCAUUAAAAACUUUAGGUAAUUGUGAUUAUUUUGAAGUGUUGGCACUGGUGCUGUUAGUAGAUUCUUACGAGACUAGGAAGAAGCAGAAAUUUGUACCUUUAAAGGCUUUUACUUGGCAAGUUGGAAUUCAAAAAUUUCAAAAAAGGAAGUGAACUGAAGAAGGAAAUUGGAUCUUACCAAGAAGAAAGCAAAUAAUGUGCCUUUGGAGUGCUUUUGUGUGUGUAUAACGAUUAUGUACUCGUUUUUUUUCCCAAGAUUAUGGCUUUCACUCUUGCUGCAUCUGUCUGUCUUUUUUUUUUUUCCAGUUAAAUUAAAUGAGGUAGUCUCCUUAUGCAGAGGAAAUAGGUGCUACUUCUGUUGCAAUGGUAGUGUCCCAGAAAACAAGAAUAGGUGCUCUGAUCACCAUUUAUGGCAAUGAUUAGAAGCAUUAUUAACUGCAGUUGCAUUUUUAUGUGCAAGCACCAUAGGGGUUUCAACCUGCAGUAUAUCCUUGAGUUUUGAUCUAGUGUGAUAUUCAGGGAAAUUGAGCAUGGGUAGCCACUGCUGGAAGGGUUUCAAUCAAAUCAACAAGAAGGGAUAGGACAUCUAUGGGUCUUUGUAUGUCCUUUAAUCAGCUAGUGGGAUUAUAUGAAUUGUGUGCAUGUUAUUGCUGUCAAGUUAUUAUAUCAGAGUAGUUCUUUCCUACGUGAUGGAGGAUCUGUACACAAAUUGUUUUACUGCAUUUUUUCACUUAAAUCUUGGGUCCUGCUAUGAAAAUAUCAUUGCGGAAAUAGAAGUAAAUUGUUUACACAUCAUUUGGCCCAUAAAUAAUAUGUUGUUGAUGUCAUAUUCUUUGCUGUUACAAAACUUAUAUUCUUCCUUGUCUCAAUACUGAAUCAAUCAUUCACUAUCCUCUUAUGAGUGGACGAAAUGGAAGAGAAGUAAUGGAACCUGCUAUGGCUACUGCAUUAUCUCCUUUAAUAGGAAGGGUUUCAUACAAAACGAUAAGAGCAUAUAGGAAUUUUUAAAGUUUCCUCUAGGACACUUGUAGCUGUUGCAUUUUAGUGUAUAUGCAUAUUUGAUAACCAGAUUAGGGCUAAUUAUUUCUGUGGCUGAUUCAAGUAUUGGCACAGGAUAAAUCCCUUGUAGCAUUUGCUUGUGGUGAUGCCACAAGGGAAUUCUUUAUAUGGGUAAUAAUUCUCUCCAUGCACAAAGACUAUAUUAUUGAUUUCAAAUUCCAUGUGUAUUCAAUUAUUAUAUGAGUGAGUUCUUAUUACAUCUUGCUAGUUUUUGACUUGUAUCCAGUCUUGUACUUGUUAUGGGCUUCAUUUGAGGAAAUCUAGGGCAUGUUUAUCCCCAUGGUUCUUCUAUCCUCAAAGCCAGACGUUAUCACAUUCGUUAUAAAGGAAGGAGACACCUUCAUAUGGAGUUGCAUUAUGCUUGAACCCAAGUCACAUUUGGUCGAGGAGAACUGAAUUCCUGCUUGUGCCAGGCCUAGCCAAAUUAAGGAGUUGGUCCCAUCCAGGAUUUUGACUAUUCUCUGUUUAGUUAAUCGGCGUCCAAUGCUUCGUAUGAUGAUCUUCCACCUGAUUUCCUGAAAAUGGUAGAGCAACUUGAAGAAACUAAAAAAGAGAAGUUUUGCGGGCAGGGACUGACUGAACUAUCUUUAGCAAGAGGCAGCAGGCGAUGUUUGCCGUUCCGGUUUUCGCCGUGCCGCCUUACAGUGAGCUUUGGCCUUGGCAUCGUCUUUAUUGAAGUAUAGGUAUCUUCUCCUGGCGAGCAGCUUACUACUUCCUUUUAUUCUCAGCCAUCCCAGCCUUCUUUUGAUUGUGCCCCUUCACUCGACGCUUGCCCAGCUUUGGUUAUCUGGUCGGAUCUCGCACGUUGUUUUGCGGAUCCUGACAGUAAAGAGAAAAUCGAUCACUCUUAUCAACAAGAAUUUUGGUCCUCUUGCCAUAUUUGCUGAUGUUUCAAUCCGGGUUGCCUUUUUUCCACCGCCGGCUGGCGUAAGUUCUUCCACAUUUCCGGUCAUAGACAGAAGUAUAUGGUCUGUCAGGUUUCUUGAUCGCAGGCUAGGUUUAGCACAAUAUUUUAUUUUGCUUGCCAAUGCAUGUGACCAGAGACUGUGUCGUCCACGUGGCUCUCAUGCAAACGUUCUCCACUUUCCCCCUUUGCCAUUCACUUCAGUUUUUAGAUACGUUGCUGCGUGUUUACCCUUUGGCUUCCUUAACCUAUCAUUUUCUCCAUUUAUCUAACCUCUACCCUCGCCCAUUGUCUCAAUUCAUCAUUAUUCCCACUAUUCCAUUUUCCACAUCAUGCAUGCUCAUCAACUUGGCUUAUCACUUAUUUACCCGAGAAUCUCACCCAUGUUUAUACACCCCACCUUCUAUCCUUUACCAUACUCUCACGGUCUUACACCCUUCUGUUUAUCCCCUCUUUAGUUAAAUUGCUUCGGGAGAUGAGGAACUGGUAGAGCUGCAUCUGUUUUUAUGCACCCUUGCAAGACUCCUCCAUGCGCAUUCAGUCCAUUUCGGUAGAGGGCUGCUCUCUGGUACUGCUUGAAGAUUCUGAAGUGAGGUGGCUGGCCAGAUAGCCACUGCAAGUGCCAUGAAAGUAUUAGCUUUAAACUGCCGGGGAAUUGGUUUGCCCUUGGCACGGCGCAAGGUUCGCCUCCUAGUAAAUAAAACCCGAUCUAGUUUAUGUUUUCUUUCUGAAACCAAGUGUCCCAACCCCGGAAUGAAUCGGCUUUGUAGCACUUUUGCGUCCCUGCUAUCGGUGGGGCGGGGGGUAUUGUGCUUCUGUGGUGUCGUCCAGUCAGUGUCAAUGUAAUGUGGUCGACUCCGUGGUGUAUCCAUGCUGAAGUUCAUCUUCCAGAUCUUAAUCAAACGUGGACUAUGUCGUUUGUGUAUUUGAGCUGUGUGGCAGAAGUUCGAAAGGUGCAAUUUCAUUCUCUGCGCAAUCUGGCCGAGUUCAAUCACCUCGGUGACUGGAACUCUUACUUAACCCCAUCAGAUAAAUGGGGGGGUCGCCCAAUCACAAAUGCUCAGUUGACUCCUUUCUCAGAGUUCAUCUCUUCCUCUUGCUUGCCAGAGCUCAAUUUUCCGCAGGCGUUUGUGUCCACUGAACAACUAUCUUCUUCGGAUCACAGGGCUUUAAUUCUCCAUACUCAUUCUUUGCGGUGGCGAGUUCAGAGGCCAUUUCGUUUCGUAGCUCUAUGGACUCUGGAACAAUCUUACCAGGACACCAUCUCCUCUUCUUGGAAUUCAACCCAAGCAAGGGGAUCGGCUCCGUUUAAGCUACACUUGAAGAUGAAGGCUCUUAAAUUGUCUCUUAAACACUGGAACUCCUCAGUGGUUGGUAAUGUUUCUACGAGGAUUGAACAAAUUAAGGGCCAGUUGGUGGGCUUGAACCAGAUUUCCUUUGACCGACGGGAUGAUCGGUGGUUUCUCCAUGAGAAGGAGCUUCUCUAUAUCUCCAUCAAGAGGAGCUCUUACGGCAGCAGAAGUCGAGGGAGCUUUGGAUUAAAUGCGGUGACUGCAACACCAAGUACUUCCAUAUGUCCACAGUCCGACGGAGGGCUCGCAACAAUAUUAGCUUCUUGAACCACCGGGGUACUACUUUGUCCGAUGCAAAUCUUAUCGGCUCAGCUAUCUCCUCAUUCUAUAAGGAGCUUUAUACUACGCAACCUCUGCAAAUGGAGGGCCUUACGGACUUCCUGGCUCCGAUCGAUUCCCGUGUGACUCCCGAGGACAAUCACCUUCUCACCCGCCCUGUUACAUAAGCUGAGAUCACUGCCACUGUCUUCUCCAUGGACGCCUCCAGGUCUCCAGGGCCUGAUGGUUACCCAGGCUUAUUCUUCCACUCUUCCUGGCAACUGAUAGGUCCAGAUGUUAUCGCCACAAUCAUGCAUUUUUUCAGGACUGGAACUUUCUCGCUCUAUUUGAAUCACACGUAUAUCACCCUUAUCCCAAAGGUGGAAAACCCGUCUUCCUUAUUGGAAUUCCGUCCGAUUAAUCUCUGUAACUUUUGCUAUAAGAUCAUCUCCAGGAUCAUUGUCAAUCGGCUUUGCCCCAUUUUGCGCAAGGUUAUAUCCUUUAACCAAAAUGGGUUCAUCCGAGGACGGCAGAUUCAGGACAAUAUUCUAAUAUGUAAUGAGCUUCCUCAUAA